GUCCUCGCCCCCUUCCUGCCCCCCUGCUCCCAAGAUGCGGUUUGCUCCCUUGCGCGUGCCGCUCAAGCGGCGCAUGGAGACGCUGGUCCUUUUCUUUUGGACGACACAAAUGUUCUGGGCCUCGGUGCUGCUGGCGGUCAUCGCCUUUACACCGCCUCUCUGGCCCAUUGCCCUGAUUUACUUCGUGUGGAUGUGGAACGACAAGGCCCCGUGGAAUGGUGGCCGUCCAUUCCGCUGGCUGCGCGCUCACUGGAUCUGGGGCCACUUCCGCGACUACUUCCCGGUGACCAUUGUCCGCGCAUCGCCGGCCCCCUUCGACACCACGCGCAAGUAUCUCUUCGCCUACCACCCCCAUGGCGUGAUUAGCUUCGGCGCCUUUGCCACCUUCGCCUGUGCGUAUCACGGCUUCGAUCGGCUGUUCCCCGGCCUGGCGCUGCGCCUGUGCACGCUGAACAGCAACUUUUGGUUCCCCUUCCUUCGGGACUUCAUGCUGUCCAUGGGCCUGAUCAGUGCCGAUCGCCGAUCCAUCCAACGCUCGUUCGACAUCGGCGGCCCGGGAUCCUGUGUGGCCCUGGUGGUCGGCGGUGCGGAGGAGGCCCUCGACGCCCGGCCCGGGACCAUUGACCUGACCCUGGCCCGCCGGCGUGGCUUCGUUCGCAUGGCCCUGCGCACUGGGUCCUGGCUCGUCCCUGUCAUUGCCUUCGGCGAGAACGACGUAUACAACCAGCUGGUGGCCAACCCCCCCGGGUCCCGGGCCCGCGCGGCUCAGUCAUGGUUCAAGAAGAUCUUCGGCUUUUCGACCCCGCUCUUUUCCGGGCGCGGGGUGUUCAACUAUGACUUCGGCCUGCUGCCCCUGCGUAAGCCGAUUGUCGUGGUCAUCGGCGAUCCGAUCCCCCCGCCGGGGUAUUCGCCGGCCAUCCCGCGCCUGCUGCCCUUGGAUUUGGAUGCCGCGGUGGCGGGCAUCACGGCGGCCGAUGACUCGGCCACCGAGGAGCACGACCCUCGCCCGGUCAAGCCGAGCACCGGGCCGGGGCCGGACCUGGCGGCCGCCCCGUCGGUGGCCAGCCUUUCGCAGUGUGACACGGCGGCCUGCUCGCCGACGGAGGUCCCGGCGCAGUUGCCGGAGUCCCCCGCCGCCGAGGCACGGCCGGCGUCGCCCCCGCCGGCCCCGGUGCCCGGCAAGAUGCGCGGCAAGGCCGGGCGCCGGGGUCGCCCGGCUCCCGGGCAGAACAAGUCCGACUCGGACCUCAGCCUGGCCUCGGUGUCGUCGCUGCCGCCGGGGGCAGGCUCGCCGGAGCGGCCCCGGUCGCCGGGCUCGCCCGAACGGCCCCGGUCGCCGGCCCCGGUCGCGGCGGCCAGCCCCGAGCCUCCCCCGGCGGAGGAAGCCUCCCGGUCCGCCGCCGAGGCCACCACCACCAUCAUGGCGUCCGGCGCCCAGGCCGUGUCGACGGCCGUGGCGUCGGUGCGUACGGCUCGCCGCCGCCGGCAGGCCGGGUCCUCAUCCUCGCAGGGGGGCGCCUCCGAGGCGGGUGGCGCGGCCUCCCGGACCGGCGGCAGCAGCGGCCCCUCAGAUCUGCUCAUCCAGCAGUACCAUGUCCUGUAUUGCGAGAAGCUGCUCGAGCUCUACGAUCAGUACAAGGACAUCUAUGCGCCGAAUCGGUCGCUGGACAUGCGCAUUGUCCGCUAAAAGACGCGCUCAUAGACACAGGUAGCUAGGCAAGGGGAAGGCCGACAGCGAGAAGUCACGGAAGGCUUGUGCCGUGCGCCGAUGCGUGCGGCGCGAAGCCCGGUGGCCGAGGCGAGGCGUGCAUAUGCGCUCAGGUGUGCUGCCCGGUGGGGAUGCGCCGCGCACCGGCCGGCCCAUGCCCACCAUGCCCCCGCACCUCGCGGCAAUGCCUGUGCCGCUCCUCGUCUGCCGCUCGUGUGCCACCAAAAAGACAAUCUCCCAAACACCA